AUGGCUAUGUAUGAUGAGGACAUUCUGAACAACGCUUUCUACUUGGCAAUCCACAAGCAGAGGCCUGACCUUAUUGACAAGGUUGCUGAAGUUCACGGCAUUGUUUUGGUGCCUUGUAAGGGGAGUAUAACGAACAGUUCCUUCUCCAGCAGCUACUUUGAGUCCUUCAUUCUUAAACCCAACGAAGGAGCCUUUCUGACUGAGGAUGGAAAGGAGAUUGUUAUUCAGGGCACCCAGGUUAAGCUGGGCACCGGUUUUGCCUUCUCUCUCUCCAUACCCAUUCUGUUUGAGGAGACCUUCUACAAUGAUAAGGAGGAGAGCUUCAGCGUCCUGUGUAUUGCCCGGUCACUAGAAAAAGAGGAGAAUCCAGAACAACCUUCCACUGCACCGUCCAAUACCUGCACUUUAAAAAACAUUGAAGACGUGAAGGAGUUCCUGGGGAAACACGUAGAACGAUUUGACAAAAAUAUCACCUCAUUCCGCAGCGCAUUUAAAGUCCAUGAAAGGAAGAGCCUACGACAUUAUAUUGACUCAGUUAAUGCUCUUUACACAAAAUGCCUGCAGCAUUUGCUCCGAGACUCGCACUUGCGGUCUAUUGCCAAGCAAGAGGGUCAGAUGAAUUUGAUGAAGCAAGCAGUAGAGAUGUAUGUACAUCAUGGAAUUUAUGAUCUGAUCUUCAAACAAGUGGGGACCAUUGAGGCAAGUGAGGAUGCCGCCUUUAACAAGAUCACAAGGAGUCUCCAAGAUGUCCAACAGAGGGAUAUCGGGGUUAAGACUGAGUUUAGCAUUAACAUCCCCAGAGCAAAGCGAGUGCUGGGCCAGCUGAACCGGUGCACAUCCCCACAGCAGAAACUUAUUUGUCUCAAGAAGGUCGUUCACACCAUAAUGCAGUCACCAAGCCAGAGAGUGAACAUGGAGACUAUGUGUGCCGAUGACCUCCUGUCUGUGUUGCUUUACUUGCUUGUGAAAACAGAGAUUCCUAACUGGAUUGCAAACUUGAGUUAUAUCAAGAAUUUCAGAUUCUGUAGUACAGCCAAGGAUGAACUGGGGUAUUGUUUGACCUCCUUUGAGGCAGCUAUCGAAUUCACCCGACAAGGAAAUCUUUCUGCAACAGCAGCAGAAUCCGACGGGAACGAUAAAUCAUUCCUAUGGCAAAGGUUGAACUUGAUGUCCAGAGUCCCAUCUGCGCCCAUCGACUGCUUGUUCAAGCACAUCGCCUCUGGGAAUAGGGAAGAAGUGGAAAAGAUGCUGAACCAAGGAGAUGCUGAUGAAGAGGCUGUACAAAAGAUGUGUCACCCUCUCUGCUCCUGUGACAGCUGUGACAAGUUGGCUUCUGGGAAGUUAAAUGAUACGUCAAUUGUCACUCCAUUAUCUCGAGAUGAUCGAGGUUACACUCCUCUUCACAUUGCAGCCAUCUGCGGGCAGUAUCAGUUUAUUGAUCUAUUGAUCUCUAAAGGAGGAGUGGUUAAUGCCACAGAUUACCACGGGUCUACGCCACUACACCUGGCCUGCCAGAAGGGCCACCAGAAGAUAGCGCUGCUCUUGUUACAUUAUAAGGCAAGCCAGGAUAUUCAGGAUAACAAUGGGAAUACGCCUCUGCAUCUGGCCUGCACAUACGGACAUGAAGAUUGUGUGAAGGCUUUAGUCUAUUGUGACGGGAACGUAUGUAGAAUGGACUGCGUUAAUGAGAAGGGGGACACAGCACUGCACAUCGCUGCCCGCUGGGGAUAUCAGGGAAUUAUCGAAGUCUUGCUACAGAAUGGAGCCAGCACCAUGAUCCCAAACAGAAGGAAGGAAACUCCUCUGCAGUGUGCACUGAACUCAAAGAUUCUGUCCAUCAUGGAGACCGCUCACGCUGACAACGACAGAAGGCCGAGUAAUUGCGAGUCCCCCAUAUGCUCACCACCACAGUCAGCCGACACGAUCAGCAGAGACUCGUCAGAGUCCAGCCUCUCCUCGUUGUCCACCAGUGCCGGGCAGGAAGACACAAAAAGCAGAUAUAAAGAGGUUGAGAAACUUUUACGUGCGGUUUCUGAUGGUGAUUUGGAAAUGGUGCGGUACCUCUUGGAGUGGGUUGAUGAUGACUUUGAGGAUGAGUUGGAAGAUUCCUUGCUGGGGAAGAAAGAGUUCUGCCAUCCACUAUGUCAAUGCCGGACCUGUGGUCCUGUUCAGAAGAAACUGAGCAAGAUUCCUUCCAAUGGCCUCAGUGUCAACGUGACCAGCCGAGAUGGUUUCACUCCUGUCCAUAUAGCCUGUCUGCAUGGUAACAUCGUGCUUCUCUCUCUGCUGCUGAAACACGGGGCUCAGGUGGAUGCUAAGAAUGGGAACCGCGCAAUACCUCUUCACCUCGCCUGCCACAAAGGACAUGUGGAAGUGGUGAAGAUCUUGAUGGAGUACAGCACUGGGAAAAAUAAGAAAGACAUGCAUGGCAAUACGCCUCUUAUCUAUGCUUGUAUGGGAGACCAUCUGGAAAUUGCAUCGAUGUUACUGGAGCAUGGAGCAUCUGUCGAUCUCUGCAAUGUGAAAGGGAACACAGCACUACAUGAGUCCGUCCGCAGGAAUCACGAGGGGUUGGUGAAGCUGCUGCUGUUAUAUGGGGCGGCGGUGGACACCAGGAAUAAACGGCAGUACUCCUCUUUGGACUAUGCAAAAGAGAACACCAAAAUCAAACAGCUUCUUCUCUCUGCACUCCACAGUGCAGUAGCUAAUAUCGGGUCAGUGGCAUCACUGGAGCAAUCGCAGCAUAUUAGAAAGAAAUCCGCAAAUUCCAGCUUGAGUUGCUCAGAAUCGCCUUCUUCACCUGGACGGAGUGAUGUUACGCAACCCAAAUGCACAAGCACAAAAAAGCCAAUCCGCAGGGAUAAAAGUAUGCCAAACUUUGAUGAAGAUUUAUUAAAUCAGCUCUCCAUCAGCAGACUGGAAGACAGUCAGGGGACAUCCGACAUCAGAGGUUGCAUCGAAUUCACAGAAAGCUGUAAAGCAGACGAGCUGGACUUGGCGGUAAAGGCCAUCAAGUUCAUAGCUAGAAGGCACAGCCUAAACGUAGCUUGCGCACUAGACAGCGAGGAGACCACCAGCGACCUCAGCGACACGGUGACUGAUAUCAGCUCUCCUCUAUCCGAAACGUUCAGGCAGGACUCCGACGACGAGGUGCGCAACCAAGAACUGUCUGACAUGAAAUCGCUUACGGGCUCAGAAGCUGCGGGCGACGCCCCGAAAGUCGAUGACCUCGAGUGCUCCGGGGGGCCUGAAUGCUGCUGCGUAGCUUGUACCUUAGCUCUAGAAUCUUCCUGGUCUGUUGUGGAUUCUAGUAGCCCCUGCGAUGGUCCCGACCAAGAAGACUGCAGCGGGCUCAAUACCUAG